GAUGUCCUUCAGUUUUCACUCUGUCCAUGCAGCUGCUUCUCUCCUCUGUCCUCUCAUCCCCUGAUCAUGAUUAUUAGGACACUUUCUCUAUUUAUUAUCCUCUCCGUUGUCUGCUGCUAUGCAGAGGAGGUGAGGAGUAAAAGUAAAGUUUGCGCUAAUGUGUUCUGUGGAGCUGGGAGAGAAUGUUCGGUCACAGAGAAAGGCGAACCAACUUGUCUGUGUAUCGAGCAAUGUAAACCCCAUAAUCGUCCAGUCUGUGGCAGUAAUGGGAAAAUGUACCGAAAUCACUGUGAGCUGCAUCGUGACGCUUGUCUCUCAGGAAUCAAAAUACAAAUCGACCAUGAUGGACAAUGUGAAGAGAAGAAAAUGGAAAAGAUCAUCAACAGCCCAAUUGUUUGCUAUCUCGCCGAUCGUAACGAGUUGAGGAGUCAUGUGAUUGAAUGGUUACAGUCAGAAGUAGAACCUGAUGGAUGGUUUUCUAAAGGAUCCAACUUCUCAGAUGUCCUGCUCAAGUACUUCCAGAGCUAUGAUAACGGAGACGCUCAGCUGGAUUCAGCAGAAUUAUUGAAGUUCAUUCAGCAUAAUGAGACCGCAGUAAAUAUCACCUCUCCUUACGCAGAGGAGGAGAACAACCGCUUGCUCAGGAGUCUGUGUGUUGAUGCGCUCAUUGAGCUCUCUGAUGAAAACGCAGACUGGAAACUGAGCUUUGACGAGUUUCUCAAUUGUCUCAGGCCUGGAUUCAACCCUCCAGAGAGAAAGUGUGCCUUAGAAGACGAGACGUACGAGGAUGGUGCCGAGACUCAGAUGGAAUGUAACCGCUGUGUUUGUGCCUGCGGCAACUGGGUCUGUACUGCUGUGAUUUGUGACGGUUCAAAGAAGUUACAAGCAUUCGAAGAAAUGGAGGGAAAUGAUCAAGAAAUGACAGAAGAGGAAUGGGUUAAAAGAGUGGCUGAACUCAAUAAACAUCAGGAAACUGUGGAGAAGAUGAAAAUGGGUGCUAAAAAAGUCUGAGGAGAAAUCAAGAGACUUCCGGUGUCAUUUUUACUCCAGCUGUGUUUGAAUGGGAUAAGAUAGGGAUUUCUUUGUAGUUUAUUAAAUUCAUUACUGAGGUUUUCAAAUGGGUAAUAAUAUUUGUUACAGUUUCAUUUGUUCGGGGUAAAUAUAAGUCUGUAUGAAUGGUACCUCUAGUGUAAAUGUCUGCAAAUCUGGUUGAAAUACCAUAAUUUUGUACAUUCAGGGUAAUUUUAACCUUUCCAUUAAAAGAAAUUGUGCUAUUGUUUCACUUUACAGUUAGUAGAAAGUCUAAAAUUAUAUUUGUAUUAAAAAAAAAAGGAUUUUUUUAAAGUAAAAUGUUAAUAUUUUUAGCAAAACUAAGCCUUCUGUCUAAAUAUUUAAUGUAUUUUGGUUUGGGUUUUUGACAAUUCAGAGUAAAUUCCAACUAUUUGUGCUUAAUGCACUACUUAAGGCAGACACAU